UCACGAGUUACAAAAAUAACGGUAAACAAAAUGGCUGCGCCCAUGCAAGUUGAACUCGGAUUUGUAGAAAAUGUUGAAGAAUUCUUACUUAAGAGUAGAUUUUUUCCUAGUAAACUAGGCGGUAGACCAGCAUGGUUGGCACUUGAGUCCCUCCCAACCACAGAGGAGCUGUCGUGCUGUGAAUGUUCUCAGCCGACGUCAUUUCUUUUACAAAUAUCAUCGCCCAUGCCUCAGAAAUUGGAAACUUUCCAUAGAACUAUAUUUAUAUUUGUUUGUAGUAAUCCUAACUGCUGCAAACCAAAUUCAAACAAAAAUUUCCAUGUGUUCAGGUCACAGUUGCCUAGAGAAAAUAAGUUUUACAGUACAGAACCGGCUCCAGAAAUUCCUGAAGAGAAUGAAGUAGAUGCCAGCAAGUGUAACAAGUUAUGUGUAGUGUGUGGCUGCCUUGGACCAAAAACUUGCAGCAAGUGUCAUAAGGUAAACUACUGUUGCAAGGGACACCAGGCUCUUCAUUGGAAAAAGGGACAUAAAGCCAGCUGUAGUUCAGGCAAAGAUGACAAUACAGACUUGAGUAAAUUUGAAUGUUUGUUUCCUGAAAUGGAGAUUGUCACAGAAACUGAAAAUUAUCAACCUGAAGAUGAAGUAGAAAAGACUGAUAAAGAGAAGAUGAAGGAGUAUGCCGAGUACUUAAAGACAGAAAACAUGUCACAAACAUGUGGUGAAAUGCCCGAGGCCGAGCUGCAGAAAAUGGCCAGUAAGGAAAGUGAAAAUGACAAACAGUUGAGGAAAUUUAAGAAAAGAAUAAGUCUUGAACCUGAACAGGUGCUGAGAUAUGAUAAAGGACAAGAGCCAUUGUGGAUUGCUCAUGAUCCAAAACCGGAUGUGAUACCGGAUUGCAAAUGUGGAGCCAAACGGCAGUUCGAAUUUCAGGUCCUUCCCACUUUAUUGUCACACAUGAAUGUUGACAAGGUUGGUGUCAGUAUAGACUGGGGAACUUUAUGUGUGUACACAUGCAGUGAAAGCUGUUCUAUAGGAAACACAUACAGUAGAGAAUACCUCUUCAAACAGGAUGUUGUCUGAAAACUUGCAAGUUCAAAUUUGGACAUACAAAGAGAUAACUUUAUAUGUAGUUUUAAAUGUUAUUUUGUGUGGCGGUGUAGCAGAGUGGUUAACAUGUCAGACUAGAAAUCUAAAUUGCUAGCCAUGUGGGUUCAAACCCCGUCAGGGGCAAGCUGUUGUUUCCUCGAGCAAGAAACUUUUCACUCAUUGCUAAGAAGUGGUUAAUUUCAGAAACGGAUUCGAAAGUGUUUCAAUAAGCUUAUUGCUUCCAACACAAUCAAACUAAAAUAAAUUUGUAUAAACUAACUUUACAUAUUUAGAUUGCUAUUGGUCAUUGUUCAGUUUUCUUUGCUGGUUUAAAUGCUUCAGGAGUUGCAUUGGUCAUCUACUUAUAACUAGUCAUGAAAAAUCUCUUUACAAAAUCUAAGGACUAUAGGCCAAAUAAAAUACAACACACAUUUUGAUUGCAUAAUGAUAAAACAGUAGGAUUAUAUUCUCGAGUUUUGCUAGAAGUAAUUUUUAG